ACGGUGGGGGGUCCUUGGAGGAGUGGACAGCGCAGGCUUUUUUAAGGUCUCCCCAAGUGGACACACAGGGUGCGCUCUCUCCCUCUCUCUCUGCUUCACAAGCAAGAAGAAAAAGUGCAAACUGUCCUCAUCCGAUUACAUAAUGAUCCAGUAACAGUGAGCCGGAACCGGUGGUGCCAGUGCCAGUGUGCAGGGAGACACUGACUAACCGCUGGGUAAUCUUCAUCCAAGCCUCUUCUCUGACAGGUUGGAAGUUUUCAUUUGAGAAGUUUUCUUCUUCUUUUUUUUUUUUUAGAUGCACUGGGUGACUCUGCAAGAGAAAUAGUGGAAGGCAACGGGGAAAAGUGAUGUUAAACAUGUGCGAACCAUCAACAAGUGCAACCCGGUCAGGACCCUGAAAUUUUGCAUUAUUUUUUUUUCUCCCACCAAGUUACAAACAAGCUCUCAGGCUGUUUUUACACAUGUUUGCUGGACAGUAGAACUGUUCAAGCUGCACUAAGAGUAAACAUCAGGUCAACAGAAAGGGUGUGAUAGUCCCUCUCUCUGUUUCCAACUCUCUGCAGUGCUAGCUAUGACUUCAGCCACUCCACCAUCCUCUGAAGACUCCACCCCACAGAAAGUUUGCCAUUCCCAGACACAGACUGACAUCAGCAAGCCCCUGAUGAGCUCCACAGGGGGAACAGGGGUUCCUGCUGUAGGAACAGGAGCUGGAGGGCACAACGCACUGCGCAGGAGACGCAGAGUCCUCUCUAAAGAUGGACGAAGCAAUGUCCACAUAGAGCAUGUCAGUGGCAGAGGGGCCCUCUACCUCCGUGACCUCUGGACAACUUUCUUGGACAUGCAGUGGCGCUACAAGUUCUUCUUUUUUACUGCAACUUUUGCUGGGACCUGGUUCCUGUUUGGGGUGUUUUGGUACCUGGUGGCCCUUGCACAUGGAGACCUGCUUGAGUUUGACCCUCCAUCCAAUCACACUCCCUGUGUAAUGGAGGUGAAGACUUUGACAGGAGCCUUUCUUUUCUCCCUGGAGUCCCAGACUACGAUUGGCUAUGGUUUCCGGUGCAUCACAGAGGAGUGCCCUGUAGCAAUAGUCCUCCUUAUUGUUCAGCUGGUCAUCACUAUGGUGAUGGAGAUUUUCAUCACUGGAACCUUUCUUGCUAAAGUUGCUCGUCCCAAGAAGAGAGGCGAGACAGUAAAGUUCAGUCAACAUGCUGUUGUGUCAUUUCACGAGGGCCGACCCUGCCUAAUGAUCCGAGUGGCCAACAUGCGCAAAAGUCUCCUGUUGGGAUGUCAGGUGACAGGGAAGUUGCUUCAAACCUCUCUGACCAAGGAGGGUGAAACGGUGCGGCUGGAUCAGCGUAAUGUGCCUUUCCAGGUGGACACAUCCAGCGACAGCCCCUUCCUCAUCAUACCUCUAACGUUCUACCACAUUAUCGAUGAAAACAGCCCCCUCAGAGCCUGGGCCAUAAAGGGUGGCGGCUGGAUGGACCCAGAGCUGGCCAACUUUGAACUCUUGGUGAUCUUGAGUGCCACAAUCGAACCGACUUCUGCAACCUGCCAGGUUCGAACAUCCUACCUACCGGAUGAGAUCCUCUGGGGAUAUGAGUUUCCUCCUGUCGUCUCUCUUUCCCCAUCAGGGAAAUAUGUGGCUGAUUUUGCCUUCUUUGACAAAGUGUUAGAAGCUAAAACUCCUCCUUUCUGCAAGCAGCCGUCAUCACCGAAUGACAAACUGGAGAUACAUUACACUGGUGCAAAAGAAGAUGAGACAGGCCGAGAGAAGCACAUAUUGGAGGAGAACUUCAAGGGGAAGGAAAAGAAGCGAGACAGAGGACGCAUACGAGAUAGCAGCCCACUGAGUGUUCGUAUUAGUAAUGUAUGAAAAAGAGCAUAAACAGGAAAAGCUGUGGGAGGAAGUAAGAUAGGUUAAAUGCAGGAAGAAAGAGAAGACGAAAGCAAGCUGCUAAACAUAUGAAACCACAUUUCACACCCACGCUCUGAAAGAAUUGCCUUGCACAAACAUCAACCAUAGACCACAAACACUGAACACCUGGGUGUCUUUUCCCUUAUCAAAGGGAAAACAACAAGCCUGUAAACAAUGAACUGAAUAUAUCUGCAACCAGUGUUAGAUAGAGGAAGCCUGACUAUUGCAAAACCUACGACAGGAUUUACGUGUGUUUUAUA